UUUAUAGGUGAAGAAACUGAGGUCCUUUAAAGUGACAAGAUUUAUCCAAGAUCACUGAGAUGGUGGAUUGCAAAGCCAAAAUUCAAGCCGAGGGGCAUUUACUCCAAAUCCAAAUACUUUUUUUUUCCAUUUCCUCCUCUAUACCAAUGAAUAUAUGUUCCUACUGGAGGAAUACUUCAUCUCUCACACAGGGGAUCUGGGAAACUCUUUUUUUCUAAGGUUGGGGAAGAAAAGUGAAAAUGAACUAAAUCUAAAGUCCUUGCCACAUUUUCAGUUCCAGGAUUCUUCUGGAAAAUCAGAUUCUUUGAGAAGAGACAUAAUUUGGAGGUACCACCCCAUGUACUCCCUUCUCUCCCCCCACUCCCACUAUGUGUCUCUAGGCAGAGCAGAGCCUGAGCUGUAGCCAAAGGUUCUUAGUGUGUCUGGCUCCUCCUGGAAGGAGAUGGAUGAGCUGCUCAGAGAGCUCCUGGAGAGAAGCAGGUUGUUUGACUUGGAACCAGACCUACUGCCCCUCUUUCAGUAUAACUGCCGGCAGUUCUCGAGCCCCCAGGACUGCCUUUCUUCUCCUGAGUUCCUGGAUCACAUCCGUAAAGUGAUGUUGGUAAUCGAUGCAGCAGUGACCCAUGUGGAGAACUUGUCAUCCUUGGAGGAAUAUCUCACCAAUCUGGGCAAGAAGCACAAAGCAGUUGGUGUGAAGCUCAGUUCCUUCUCGACAGUGGGUGAGUCCUUACUCUACAUGUUGGAACAGUGCUUAGGAUCCACAUUCACUGUAACCAUGAAGGAGGCAUGGACACAACUCUAUGGAGCUGUGGUCCAGGCCAUGAGCCGUGGCUGGAAUGGAGAGUAGGAGGCCGUCGUACUCCAAGUCCACUCUCUACAUCACAAAUAUAUCUCCCCUUCCUAGUGGCCAACAUGCGCGCUCUCUCUGUCUCUCUGUCUGUCUCUGUUUCUGUCUCUGCCUCUAUGACUGUCUCUGUCUCUCUUUGAUAUUGCUCAGAUUUCCAAGUCUCUCCUCCUCUUUCCUUUCUCUCUUUCUCUGCCUCAGGUCUGAGUAUCCUCUGUUCUUUCACAGUUCCUUGAGAGCCUAUGAGACUGAAUAGUGGGACUAUAACCCAGUUCCUAGCCUGUCUUCCCUUCCCCACUUCUACAAACAAAGAAUGGAAAAGAACUUUUCCCCAUGGAUAUGGCUACUCCUAUCCCACCUUCCACCUCUCAAUAAAGGUUAUUAGGAAGGGAUAGAAGAUGCCUAAGAGGCAGGGCUUUAGGAGCUCCAAGCUAUGGCAGACUCAGUGCUCCCUCUUUCCAUUCAUUCCUGUAUAUGUUGCCUUUCCCUGUGGACGCCCAUCCUUCUAAGAAAGCUGGGAAGUUGGCAAACUAUCUCUAGCUCUUUCCUCCUUUCCUUUCUGUGUCCCAUCCCUCCCACACACAUACUUUCUGUAUGCUAAGCCAAUUAUCUCCUCCCCUUAAAAACAACUGCUUAAACAGUGACUUUUCUCCAUUUUCUUAUCUUGGUGGAGUGUGGUCCAAUAUACCAGAUUUUGAAAAUAGAACUGUUAUUUCUCUUUCCAGAGGCAGAAGGAAGGCAAUAUUUAUUCAAAGAAAUGACUUUCCAAAAGCGGAAUUUUAGGCAGGAUGGUAGUUCUUGAAGAGAGAUGGCUUUUUCAGUUCCCUCUUUCCCCCUCUCUUUUCUCCCUCUCUCGGUCUACCUGACCAUUCCUUCCUUUCUUUGUCUCUUCUACUUUUUACUUCUCAUCAGAUCUAUAGAUCUGACUUUGAGAGCUAUGGCCCCACCCAAGAGCAAUGGAUAUGAGAUAGACCAGGUUCUGGUACCCUCUUGCACAUGAUCCUGCCUCUGCUUCUAGCUAUUACAGCUUUCCCCCUCAAUCCUUGCUCAUUCAUGCACACAGCAAUUACAGAAGCUAUAGCUUUCCAGAAAUUUUCUCCCUUCCUAUCCUGUGUGCCUUGUAACUUGAUUGAGUGUGUCCACUUUUUUUGUCCUCAUCCACUUAUUCUACUGAUGAAGUAGCUCUCUGGUCUCUGCUCUGUGCUGUGGUUAUUAUGUAAACCUCAUAAGAAAUAAAUCAUUUCUCUGUGCA